AUGGAAGCUGCUACAAAGGGCAAAGGCGAAGUUGCAGACUUCAGCAUCAAGCCUGAAGCUGUUGCUCCUCCGAUUCCUACAUCGGAAUGGCCUCUUCUAUUGAAGAAUUAUGAUAAGCGUAUGUAUCCCACCUACGGCCUGGUGGAAAAGACUGGCCACAGUGGAACUUUGGACCCCAAGGUUACUGGAUGUUUAAUUGUGUGUAUUGACCGUGCGACUCGCCUGGUGAAGUCGCAGCAGGGAGCUGGAAAGGAGUACGUUUGCGUUAUCAGGCUGCAUGACAAGAUCCCUGGAGGCCAGGCGCAAUUCGCUCGCGCCCUCGAGACGUUGUCUGGUGCUUUGUUCCAGCGACCACCGCUGAUAUCUGCCGUUAAGCGUCAGCUUCGUAUCCGAACGAUUUAUGAGAGUAAGCUGUAUGAAUUCGAUAAUGACCGACACUUGGGUGUCUUCUGGGUUAGCUGCGAGGCCGGUACCUACAUCAGAACUCUCUGCGUGCACCUGGGUUUGCUUCUGGGUGUAGGAGCCCAUAUGCAGGAGCUGCGCCGUGUUCGCAGUGGAGCUAUGGACGAGAAGGAUGGCAUGGUGACGUUGCAUGAUGUUUUGGAUGCUCAGUGGAUGAUGGAUAACCACCGUGAUGAAUCAUACCUAAGGAAGGUCAUUAGGCCGCUGGAGAGCUUGCUGACUUCAUAUAAGCGUAUUGUUGUGAAGGACAGCGCUGUUAACGCUGUCUGCUACGGAGCCAAGCUUAUGAUUCCAGGUCUCCUGCGAUUCGAGGCUGGAAUUGAGGUGUAUGAGGAGGUUGUCCUUAUGACUACCAAGGGCGAAGCUAUUGCCAUUGGUAUUGCACAAAUGUCUACAGUUGAACUAUCGACUUGUGACCACGGAGUCGUUGCAAAGGUCAAGCGUUGUAUCAUGGAGCGUGAUCUCUACCCCAGACGAUGGGGUAUGGGUCCAGUUGCCCUUGAGAAGAAGAAACUCAAGGCGGACGGAAAGCUUGAUAAAUAUGGUCGUACCAAUGCAUCCACCCCUGCCAAGUGGCAAUCAGAGUAUAAGGAUUAUGAUGCUCAAGCAUCUGGUACGGCGAACGCCGCUCCACCACCUGCGGCUGCCACGCACGCAAAGGCUGCUCCUGCUGCUUCAUCACCACAGAAGGAUGAAGAUGAGGAGAUGGAAGAUGCCGAGAAGAAGAGAAAGAGAAAAGAUGGAGAAACCGCAGAAGAGCGAGAAGAACGAAAGCGCUUGAAGAAGGAGAAAAAAGAAGCAAAGGAAAAGAAGAAGCAAGAGAAAAAAGAGAAGAAGGAAAAGCGAAAAUCCAAGCAGGCCGAAGAUGCCAGUGACAGCGAGUAG